AUGGAGAAGGUGAAGAUGCCGAGCUGUAAGUACAAUGGAACCACAACACCCCAAAGCCACAUAUCAGCUUUCGAGAAUCAUAUGGUACUCUACAUCAUGACAGACUCAGUCUGGUGUAAGGCUUUCCCACCAACUCUGGAGGGGCUGGUAGCGGAAUGGUACGGCGCCAUCCCCAAAUGUUCUGUGUACUCGUACAACCAGCUGAAGAGAAUGUUCUUGGAGCAUUUCAUAACCUUGGUGGACAGAACCAAGAUGACAACCGAGCUAAUGUCCCUGGUUCAGGGAAAGGAUGAGCCCCUAAGGGAGUUCAUCACCAGAUUCAACAAGAAGGCAACAACCAUCCCAAAUAUGAGCCAGGAGGUAGCGCUGUUAGCAAUGCAGAGUGGCCUACUACCAGGGUCACCAUUCAGAGCAUACAUGGGGCGUAAGAGCCUCAAAACUCUCGCUGAAGCGCUGGGUAAAGGGCAUGAGUUCAUCAAAGCAGACGAGAUUGACAGAGUAAUGCUGGGUAGGAAAGCAACAGGUGACUCAGUUAAGCGGGCAGAGGUCACCCGGGCAGAGAACACACCCAGGGUGGACCAGCCAAGCAGGGCUGAGCAAAACCGCAGAGAAGCGGACAGGGUAGUGGGACUGAGAUGGUCCGAUCCAAGGAGAGGGCCAAGGCCUGGGAAGUUUGAUCAGUAUACCCUACUAACUCAUUCCAGAUCUCACAUAUUCAGCGUAAAUAAAGCUGAUGAUAAGUGGCAGAGGCCUCCAAGGAUGGUAAACAGGAGUCGUGAUACCAGUAAGUGGUGUGACUUUCACAGGGACUAUGGCCAUACCACUGAGGAAUGCACGCACUUGAAGGACAACAUAGAGGACUUAGUCAGGAGAGGAUACUUGAGUCAAUUUAAGCAGCGUGAUGACCCUCCCAGAAGAAUGGAGGAGGAUAGAGCGGGCCGAGCUGACCGCAGAGGAGGUCAUAAGGGCCUAGCUGGAGACAAGGAUAGAGAUGGCAAGCCAGAGGGUAGGGUGUACGUGAUCAGCAGGAGUCCAGUACAUGGGGGGGGGGACAGUUAA